CCUGCCUGUGUUUACUUUGAGAGACGAUAGUGUUGUUGAAGUACAAGGUGAACCUACCAGAGUUCAUAAGGCAGUUGAAAUUAUUGCAGUUCAUUUGCGUAAGUUCUUGGUUGACCGCAGUCCGCAGCAUAGUUGGAGUAUUUAAAACAGAGGCAAGUCCUUUUACCUCCCCCUCAUUUUCUUUCCACGAAGCUAAAAGGUGCGAAUGCAAAGACCAAAAGGUAGCUAUGAAGUUUCUUUUACAAUUUUACAAUGUCUUGGACCUUUUCUAAAUGUAUAUUGUUUGUGAUACAGCAAUUUUAUAUGUUGUUUCGAAGUUACACAUGCACCAACCAUCUUUGCUAACAAUUCUGUUGUCUUUUUUUUUCACUGUCAAAUGCAAAUGCCAAAUGUUUGAGUCAACUACAAUGCACCCCCACGCCAACCUUGGCUUCCUCCUCCUCAAGGGUUUCCAGCUCCUGGUGGCGGUGGCCUGCUUUUGCACCCCCUAGUCAGCAAUAUAUGCCACCAUCAAUUCCCUAUGAUAAUUAUUACCCAACAGCCGACCUGCCUCCUAUGGACAAACAAUUCCAUCAGGCUGCACUAUCUGUUUAUGGCAGGGAUCCUUCCGCUGGAAUUCAUCCACCAAGUGCACAACCACAACAAUCUGCUGAAACUAAGGUUACGCAGCACAUACAAAUUCCUCUAUCAUAUGCAGAUGCUAUUAUUGGAGCAUCAAGUGCAAAUAUCAGUUACAUUCGUCGUGCUAGAGGAGCAAGUGUUACGGUUAGGAGAGAAGGGAUGUGCCAGGGGAGAUGACUGUUGAAAUAAGUGGGACUACAUCAGAGAUACAGGCAGCCCAACAUUGUUGUUAUUUUUGUAAAACUUGUGGGAUUGAAUUUUUGAUUUGUUUAAAUAUGAUGUUAUU